AUGGAACAGUCACUUACUCUCAUCUCGGCCCAGGUCCAGUUCAUGGAUGACCGAUUGGCCCUGGUCCACAUUCCCCUGGAUCUGUAUCCGUAUUUCCUGACCCCCAUCCUCCAGCUCCUCUUUCACGAUGUACCUCCCAUAGACGAGAGCUCCGAGGCGUAUGAUGGCGACCCCGCCUUCUUGAACUUCUCCAUCACGCCGGUGGAAUGCUCCAUCAUGUGUUCCCGACAUCUCGCCAACCAAUACUUUUCUCCGCUGGUCGAACGCUUCCUGCAAGCCAAUUCCGCCACGCAGAGCCGUCCAUCAAUCAGCCAGGACGACUUCAUUGCCAUGCAGGUGUACGGGGAAGGUCUCGAAGCGGGCCAGCGGGUCCUUGAGCUGACGAGUCCUUUGGCUAUGGCGGGGAUCUCGAUCUUCUUCAUCUCCACCUACUUUGCCGACUACAUCAUCGUUCCUCUCCGCAGCAAGGCGCAGGUCAUCCAGGCACUGGAGAGUCGGGGCUUCCGGUUCGAGAUGUCGACCGAGGCGUUUAUCAACAGCAACAACAACCAAUUCCCAUUCGCCAGCAGCCUCAGUCCGAGCUCCUCGCGUUCAUCCAGCAGCAUGAGCUCCCCGCCAGCGACCCCGCCCCCGUCGUCGCUCGAGGAGCUGCAGACCCGCACCUUCUCCUCGUUGCGACGAAAUCACAUCGUCCCCUGUGUGGACAAAUCGCUCCGUUUGGUCCAGUGUGCCGCCCACCACCGCUACAGUAGCGAAGUCAGCUCCAUUUCCAUCCUCCGGGAAGCACUGACGGUGAUGCUGGUAGUGGACAAACCCCGCUUCCUCUCCCUCACAAUGACCGCGGCGGAUCCUGCGGCGUCGCUUCUGUUGGAAAAGCGUCUGCUGCCGCGAUUUUCCAGCGAUCCGGCAGCGAUGGUCGAUCCGGAUGAGGAAACCAGUCUUCUGCUGGGCCCCAAGGAGGAGAUCCUGGUACCCAUCAUGCUGGACCUGCGCAGCCUCCCAUUGGAGGCCACCGGCAUUGUGUGCGGUGUUGCCAGUCGACUGGCGGAUGCGACCCGUCGAGACGACCUCACGGAUGCGUCGACGAUUCUGUCCUCGUCCUACCACGGCAGCUCUUCCUUUGAAGGAUCCUUCAAAAACAUCUUCUCUUCUAGUCUCGGGUCGGGAGGGCCCGUGCAACCCCCCGGCCCGAGCUUCGGACGUAAAGCUCCUGGGAACGGAUAUCCUGCUACGCACCAUCUGCAGCCGGAUCUGGGGCCUUCCAUGGACGCCGUCGAGAUCAGCUUUCUGAGCACUGCCCGGGCGGGAACCAUCAUUGUCGGGGAGCAUGAACUGCAUCGUGCCGUGCAUGCUCUCGAAGCAGAGAGUCAUGAGCCGGAGACGAGCGAGCUUGGAAUGUAG